CCGCACCUCGGGGUUAGCCGAUCAUCUCACACGCCGUCUCACCCCUGGCAAGCGGGGGUCGGUGGAGUUAUGUCUCGGGCGACGGGGGAGGAAGAGGAAUCCAUCAACGUGUGCCAGAGCAGGACUGACUGUGUCUGUCCUGACUUAGUCUCCUCAGGUCUCUUUGCUCACGUCCGCAGUCGCGACUUUCGGUCGCCAUUGGAUCAAGCCGUUUUCGCAUUAGUCUGGCAAGAGUUCCUCGUUCCAGCCUCAUUGUAGCACGCCUGUUGCGCACAGCCAACCAUGACUUCCCGCUGCGCGAUGGCCCUCUUCGUCGCCCUGCUCGCCACGCCCGGCCUCGGUUCCAGGCUGCUGGCUCAGCGCACGUGCUCCGUCCAGGGCAAGGGCGUCACUGCAGACAUUACGACCUCGCCCACGUCGGUCCCAGCGUUAGGGUCGGAGUCGAGCUGGACGUUCGCGGGCGCUGGGAAGUUGAAGAUUGCGCACGCGGCCUGUCCCAUCUCAUCGAAUGACCCCAUGCCAGCCGCAGCUGAGACGAUCACCAGCGGCGGGGCCAGCGAUCCGAAGGACUUCGCAUGCCCUAAGGAUACGGCGUGCUGCAUCACCUACUGCUGCGGCACGGGGGACUGCUUCAGCACCUUCCUGCUGAAGAACAGCACGACCGUGAGCGCCAGCUCCAAGCGCAUCUGCCUCUCCUCGGAGCUCUACACGCGGACCACGACCCAGGCGACGAACGCCAGCGCCGAGGUCGGCAUGACCUCGUGGGCGGAGGAGACGACUGCGGCAGGCACGUGCAUCACGGGCCUCGGCGGGGGCAGUGGGCUGGCGGAGUUCAAGCUCUGCGGCCCAGCGACGCUGGAGCUGUCGACGGGCAUGAACUGCGACGGCCCCGACGAGACGGUGGUGCACGACACGGACAAGUCCGCCGCCGAUUGCACCGUCGUCCAGAAGCCCACGGGCGGGUACUGGAACAGCUACAAGUACACCUGCGUGGCGGGCCUCGAGCGCUGAGUGGGCUGCGCGGCGACAGGGCGGGCGCGCUCCCGCCCCUCCUCCGCCGGAGCCCGGGCCUGCCCGCCCCCGAAAGGCGAGCAGGGCGGCGGCGGGCGGCGGGGGCCCGGCGCCCGCGUGGAGCGGGCAGGGAGGCCUCGCUCUGUCAUCGUCGGUCGUCGACGUCGUCGUCGGCGUCCUCCUCUUCUACGCCCAGUGGUCGGUAUCGUUGCCUGGAGGGCUGCGGCCUCUGCCCCCGGCCCCCGGGCGGGGCGAUCUCGGGAUGCUCUUGGGACCUCCUUGGGGGGCUCUCACAGGUGGC